GCGUGAAGGCGGAAGUGACAUUCAACGUUUUAAUGCGGAAGUGUUUUUUUCCUCUGUUAUUCUCCGCUCUCAAAAAUAAGUAUUGAAGAAUCAUACAUUUACAAUCCUCGCUGUUUGUUUGUAAAAACGUGACAGUUUGUUAAUACAUCGCUGUCUUUAUAUUUCCGAAACGCCGUUCGUUUUUGAUUUUUUCAGCCCCUAUGGCUGCCAACAACAACUUGCAGAAAGCUAUAGAUCUGGCCAGUAAGGCAGCUCAGGAGGAUAAGGCGGAAAACUAUGAAGAGGCCCUGCGUCUAUAUCAACAUGCUGUUCAAUAUUUCUUGCAUGUUGUCAAAUAUGAAGCACAGGGUGAUAAGGCCAAACAAAGCAUUCGGGCCAAAUGUGCCGAAUAUCUAGACCGGGCUGAGAAGCUGAAAGAAUACUUGAAGAAGAAAGAGAAAGCCCCAGCGAAACCAGUGAAGGAGUCUCAGUCCAGUGACAAAGGGAAUGAAAGUGAUGGAGAAGGAGAAGAUCCAGAGAAAAAGAAAUUUCAAAAUCAACUCUCAGGAGCCAUUGUCAUGGAGAAGCCAAACAUUAAAUGGAACGAUGUUGCCGGGUUGGAAGGGGCCAAAGAGGCUUUGAAAGAAGCUGUCAUUCUGCCAAUCAAAUUCCCACAUCUCUUCACAGGUAAAAGAACUCCCUGGAGGGGCAUCCUUCUCUUCGGGCCUCCUGGAACAGGCAAAUCUUACCUGGCCAAAGCGGUAGCGACAGAAGCCAACAAUUCCACCUUCUUUUCCAUCUCCUCCUCAGACCUGGUAUCCAAGUGGCUGGGAGAGAGUGAAAAAUUUGAGAAACGCAUCUACAUUCCUCUGCCAGAAGAGCACGCUCGCGGAUUCAUGUUCAAGCUGAAUCUGGGCAGCACGCCUAACAGUCUCACCGAAUCGGACUUCAUGACUCUGGGCAAGAAGACGGAAGGUUACUCUGGUGCUGACAUCAGCAUCAUCGUCAGAGACGCCCUCAUGCAGCCCGUCAGGAAGGUUCAGUCCGCCACUCACUUCAAACGGGCACGAGGACCAUCAAGGAGUGACCCUAAUGUCAUAGUCGAUGACCUCUUAACCCCUUGCUCCCCAGGUGAUCCACAGGGUACUGAAAUGACAUGGAUGGAAGUCCCUGGAGAGAAACUUUUGGAGCCAAUUGUUUCCAUGUCGGACAUGCUGAGGUCCCUCACCAACACAAAGCCCACCGUCAACGAGCAGGAUCUGGAGAAGCUGAAAAAGUUCACAGAGGACUUUGGACAGGAGGGCUGAACAGAGCCGGUCUCCCGAAACCAAAGCAAACAGAUUGUGAUUGUCACGUCUUCUCUCUUGCCCUUCACACGCCCCUCUCUUCCUUUCGUACCCAUGCUCUUCCUCUGACCGACGAGCCCUUUCAACUCAGGCUAAAGGCUAGAUGUCAUUUGAAAUGUGUAUCUCUUCAAGCCCACCUCAGUUUUUCUUCACAUGUUAAUAGCUGCUCUGCCUACAAGGCUGCCAUCAGUACCUUGUGACCAUCAUGCAUCAAUCCUUGAGUCUCAAUCAUAAUUAUCUGUGCUUUCUAUGAAUAACACAGUCAGCAGGAGCUACAACAGAUGUGCUGUAAAACAAUUAGCAAUUAUAAUUUGUUCCUAAACUAAUACUAAUGUCAGUUUUGUUUACAGCCACAUACAUCUGAAUGGACAAUAGACGACACAUGAAGACUUUCCAGCUCCGUUUUAAAAUGCUUUUGUUGGCUGUGCUUUGUUUUGUAGGAGAAGAACCAUUUAAAUAGCUCUUGUCUGUUGUUGCAAAGACCUCUUUGGGUGCAGGUGUAGACUUCAUUCACAAGGGUAGUGAGAUCUGUCUUUCCGGAGCUGUGUUUUCCUUCUCGUUUGAGAAAGUCAUGGUUUGAAUCUGUGCAUCGGGAUUUGAUACAACACUUAGAGAUCCGCAUUUAACAAUUCAGGCACUCUUUACAUAUACUACAUAUGGUUUUAUCUCCAUGUACAUCAUUACUUUCAGUAUAUUACUGUAAAAUGUGCUCUUCCUUCACCGAGAUAUGAGUUGCAUUAUAUGUUGAGGGGCCAAUGUUGGACGUUGGUUGUAAAUUCACUUGCUGAGGCUCAACACACAACGUGCCUUCUCUGCAUUUUCCUCCUGUCUGUCUCUCUCGAUCUGCGUACACAUAGAUGCACAAAUGAUGCUUAUUGAUGGCUAUAUAACUGUUUUUAUAGGCAGAAGGUUUGGGAAUGAUUGGAUGAUAUUUGCACAUUUCAUUUAAAACUGUACAAACAUAUAUAUCAAUCUGUAUACAGCUCCUAUGCACUUAUAGGGUGUUUGGUUUGCCAUUUAAAAACCUGUAAGACAUUGUACUAUUAGAAUGUAGAUGUGUUUGGUUUGUUUUAAGGAUAAGUCUUGUUAAACAGACAGUCUAAAAGUGGUUGAGCUUGUUCAUUUUAAUAUUCACAUGUAAAUAAAGGUUGAAAUGAAA